AUGGAGAAUCAGAUAUUGCUUGAUAUAAGAUCAGUAAUAGACAGUGGACUUGUAGCUGAAAUAUUUAGUCAAAAUAGUCCUGUUAGUUGUGAAAACUUUAAUCUGGAAAUGGCAGUAAUUAAGAAUCUGGUAGAAGAAGGAUUGCUGUCUAGUCAAGACAAUCAUCUAUGCACUGUAAAUGUGGGAGAGACUUUGUUAGAUCACUUCAAGUAUCCACUUACCAUUGAAAAUCAAAAUACAAUAGUGAAAGUUGAAGUACAUCCACAUGGAAACAACAGCUGUGAUGAUGAAGAUCUUGAAAAAUACAAGGAAUUAAAUCUUCCAGAGGCAGCGGAACAUAUGCAUUCACCUUAUCUGACUUCAAAUGGUGUCCACUUUCUUUCUUCUGUAGCAAUGCAGCAUAAAAAUUGUAGUGUUCCAACUUCAAGCAUUUUCUCUCCAGAGGGAACGGUCAAUCAAAAUGUCAGAAUGAUACCAAUUGAAGCUGCAUUUUCUAUGUUGGAUCAAUUGCUGUCUAGAAAGGUACACAGCAUAAAACUUCUUGUCAUGCUCAUGGACCAAAUCCAUCUGCUUAAUGCAGGUUAUUCAUAUUGCAAAUACUUAGGUGUCCUUGCAUCUUUGUUUAUGCCUGUAGAAUAUCAUCUGAAGAAACCUCCAGAUUUUAAAAAACAUUCUUUUCUUCAUGUGUUCAGAUCAUUCAUACCUCCAGUUGCAGGUAAGAAUAAAUGUGUUUGUUAUGAUCAGUUUAAAGGAAUCCAAAACAGUACUAUGCAGUUAGUAACAGAGGCAGUUAGUGAUGUUACUGAGAAUCAUCAAGAGAAAGCAAUUUUUCAGAGUUCAAAUGUUGACAAGUCUGGCUGCGAGUUAUUAGCAUUGCACAGCAUGGUGGAGGAGUCCAGAUGUUCACACAGAAAUGAUUCCAACUCUGUGGUUAUCUGCCAGUUGGAAGGAGGUACUCAAAUACUCUGCAUAAACAGUUGUGGCGCACAAGAACUGAAACCAGUUCAUCUAAUUCCCGAGUGUCACAACCAACAUAACUAUCUUCAGUCAGAUGUGGACAACACUUUAACAGCCGUACUGAGGCAGUUUUUGCCUGUUCCAGGUGAACUGGUUCUGAAUGAACAAGAGUUUGAAAAUGGACCCUUAGAGCCAGUAGCUAGCACUGCCACAUUCCAUCUAGAAUCAAAUCUGCGUGGGCCAGUGAAAAUUACCUCAGAGGGGCAACCAGCUGUAUGUAUAUCUUGGGAAGAAGUGAAAGCAGUAUGUGCUUGUCUCCUGGUGCAAGCUGAAGAGGCAGAAAAAAGAGGUUACUCUGUCUGUCUAGCUGAGCGGAUGAUCAUGGAGGAAUUUGGGAAAUGUUUAUCCCAGAUCCUACGUGCAUAA